AUGGGCGACUUUGAAUAUUACGACCGAAACAUAGCCCCGUUGUUUCCCUCUAGCUCAUCGGACCUUUAUGCUCUCGAUGAGAAUGAACUAUGGUGGAUUGGUCAUUUCGAAUACCUGAAAGAGCACGGUUAUAUGAUGCGGCCCAGAUAUCGUCCUGGUUGGAAACCCUCCUACAAGCAUGGAAUACUUGAACCACUGUUUUCUGAAGACGGACAAAGCAUGCUUCAUCCCUAUGUCAUGGAUGCCCUUCGCAUCUCGGAUUCUUACAUGGUUGCUAUGAAACGCGUCAAGGGUUCUACCGGUGAGGAAAACAUCGCCAGUUUCUUCUCGAACGAAGAACACAACACGAAUCCUCGCAAUCGUUGUAUUCGCGUUCUGGAAGUCUUACCGAUCCCGGGAAAUGACGAUGAAAAAAUUAUAGUCAUGCCAUGGUUGCGGAAGGUCAUGGAUCCUCGGUUCAGAACAAUCGGAGAAGCUGUUCAGUUUUUCCAAGAGAUCAUCCAAGCGCGUAACCGUAUCAUGGGACACAUUCGGUCUCUGACUUAUUUCUUUAGGGAUUGCGCGAGGAACAACAUGGGCAUGGAUGCUAAUGCAAUGUUCACUCGCCAGUAUCAUCCCAUCAAACCAAAGAAAAGGCAUAAUUGGAGCGGAAGGGCACUCCACCACUCUCGUACUCGCUGUCCCCCUACAUACUUUUUGAUUGACUUUGGACAAUCUCGAAUGUACAACCCUUCGCAGCCACGUCCAUCAGAAUAUGCAUUGAAAUCGGGCGGUUAUACCCCUCCAGAGGGAGAUGCAGAUAUUCCGUGCGAUCCUUUUGCCACUGACGUUUACAUUCUGGGCACCAUGAUACGGACUUCUUUUCUCGAUGGUGAUUCCGAUUCCUAUAAACCUGGAGUGCAUGGGUUUGAAUUUCUCAGACCACUUGUCAAUGAUAUGAUCGCAGAUGAUCCCUCCAACCGUCCUACUAUGACUGAAGUCUCAUCACGAUUUUUUGAUCUCGUUAGGAAGCUACCAUGGUGGAAAUUACGCUCUCGAGCGGUCCAGAAAGAUGAAUUCUUUGCCACACCCUUUCGAGCAGUCUAUCAUCUCUUCUGGACAGCUUCGAUGAUGCUACUUCUAAAGCCUGCCAUUCCAUCACCGAAGUCUCUUCAUUAA